AUGGCUCAUUGGAGAAGAAACCAAGGGAUCCACAAUGAUCAAGUGGGUCAGCGGAGAUCCUCAUCUUAUGGCGGAAAUCAUCAAGUGGGUCACCGGAGAUCCUCAUCUUAUGGCGGAAACCCACCUUUGUAUAAUAGGUAUUCAACAGUACCUUUAUGGGAAGAGAAGUUUUAUGCUACGGUAGGUCAAGUUCCAUGGCGAAGGCUAUUAGAAUCGCAUUCCAAUGUGAUGAAGUGGGAAGACUCUGCUGUCAAACAGGCUUUUUACGAUGCAAAAUUCAGAUUUUGUGCUGAGAUCAACGGCUAUCGCUGGGACGACAUUCCGUUGCUCGAUCCGGACAUGUAUAUCGAUGAAGUAGAUUGGGAUGCACGUGUUGAUCCUGAACUCUAUCUGGAUUUGGAGAGAGAAGAAGAGGCCAGACAUAUCCUGAUGGAAAAGAGGCAGCAGGAGAGUGAGAUUGUCGACAAUCCUUUCGAUCAUGGAUGGGAAAUCAAACCUACUGGAUGGGGGGACGAAGACGAAAACGUAACAAAGCCUCAGGAAGCCAGUUAUGGUGCUGAAGGAUGGAUAUUUAACAACCAUGCAAAUAAUGAAACAAACUCGUGGGAACAGAAUGAUUAUCACUUUGCUGAUUUGCAAAAUAAGUAUCAAGAAAAAUAUGAUGAAUAUGAUAGGAGAAAGAAUGCUUAUAGGCAUGGUAAUCAGUAUAAGAUGAAUCGAGGAAGAAGAAAUAGAGGAAAAAGAGGAGGAAGGAGGGAAAACAUUACAUAUGUGGCCAAGGCAGCUACUCCCAGAUCACAAUAA